AUGCUCUAUGAAGAUCGUGGAUUUGGGCGCCGUCCGUCGGUAGCCCAGCAGCGACGGCUAUCACAGCAGUUUCGAGGCAACACCUGGAUAGGACAGCCGUCGGAUACCAUCUAUGCUGGUGUCUCGGGCUGCUUCUCAGACCAUGACAAGUCGACCGUGGCCAUUGCUGUGCGCGACACCACUUACUUACUCGACUUCAUCGAGAAAGACUUUAUCCCGGAGGAAAGCCAAACAUGCUCGCAGGCUGUUACGAACUUCAUCAUCGCCGAGCUAACCGCCUACUCGGAGAAACACCUAGAGAAGUUCAUGGGCCUCGCGAUCCCCAAGCACGUUGCGGACCACUGCCCGGAUCUAUGCUCCCGCCUAUGGGCCGAGUUAGAUGUAAUCCCACUCGUGCUAUCCGGGGCUAGUCUGAUGGACCGAUUUACGAGCCGUGAGACGUCAGAUAUAGACUCGUGGGAAGGACGGACCACCGAUGAACAGGCGGAGUCUAUGGCCCGGAAGUGCGUGCGGUUGUUCGGCCCGGACAACAUUCCCUUGCUUCAGGUCGGACUCAUGGGCCAUGUAGAGGUCGACACAGACUUCCACGUACAGCUGACGAAUAUUGAGGGCUUUGAGAAGACGGUCUCUGCCGAGACGUGGAAGGUUGUGCAGCACUACGCGGCCGAUCUCAAGAACCGCGAUAUCAAGAUUGCCAUGUUCAAUGCGACGCCCCAGGGUGGUGGAGUGGCCCUGAUGAGACAUGCUCUUGUUCGCUUCUCGCACUCCCUGGGCACAAAUAUUAGAUGGUACGUCCCGAAGCCACGGCCGGAAGUUUUUCGGAUUACCAAGACAAAUCACAAUAUUCUGCAAGGCGUGGCACACCAGGAUGAGCGUUUGACAGAUCGGAAUAAGAAAUUGCUCGAGGAGUGGAUCGAAGAGAAUGCGAGACGAUAUUGGACGUGUCGCGGCGGACCGCUACUCCCGCCUUCUGAGGGCGGUGCGGACAUAGUGGUCAUUGAUGAUGCGCAGAUGCCAGGGCUGAUUCCAAUGGCCAAGCGAGCAGCUCCAGACCGGCCGGUCAUCUUCCGCAGUCACAUCCAGAUCCGAAGUGACUUGAUUGAAAUACCUGGCUCUCCACAGGCUGAAGCGUGGGAGUAUUUGUGGGAUCAGAUUAAGCUCGCCGACUGUUUUAUUAGCCAUCCCGUGAGCGCCUUCGUUCCAAAAAAUGUGCCUCACGAGAUGGUGGGCUACAUGCCUGCCUCAACCGACUGGCUGGACGGGCUGAACAAGAACAUGCGAGAUUGGGAUAUUGCCUUCUACGGCCGCAUCUUCAAUGCAGCUUGCCGGUAUUCGGAUAUGCCGACAAUCCAUUAUCCCGAAGGUAAACUAUCCCGUUUCUUUUCUUCGGUCAUAAAUCUCACCCUUCUAGACGAAUAUAUCAUACAAAUUGCACGGUUCGAUCCAUCCAAGGGUAUACUCGAUGUGCUUGACGCCUACGGGAAAUUCCACAGCCGCCUCGCAUCCGAACGGCCUGACCUGACGCCACCGAAGCUCUUGAUCUGUGGCCAUGGCUCAGUAGACGACCCAGACGGGGCCCUGAUCUACGACGAAGCAAUUGACCAUCUAGAAACCAAGAUUCCACACUUGCGCGACCGGAUCUGCAUAAGACGAAUCCGGCCCUCAGACCAAGCGCUGAACGCACUACUCUCCAAGGCCCGGAUUGCACUGCAGCUGUCCACCCGAGAAGGAUUCGAAGUGAAAGUCUCCGAGGCGAUCCACAAAGGCAAGCCAGUGAUUGCCACGCGGGCAGGCGGAAUCCCGUUGCAGAUUGAGAACAACAAGAGUGGGUUUCUGGUUGAUGUGGGUGAUACGGAUGCAGUGGCUCGGCACUUGUUUGAGCUGUGGACGGACGAUGAGCUGUACCGCCGAAUGUCGGAAUAUGCGCUCACGCAUGUUUUUGACGAGGUUAGCACGGUGGGGAAUGCUUUGAAUUGGCUGUAUCUGGCCUCCUCAUUGUCCAAAGGUCAGGGCGUCAAGCCCCGGGGUCGGUGGAUCAAUGAUCUCGCAUUUGAGGAACUGGGUAUCGUGGCGCGAGACCAGCCGCGGCUGACGCGGGCUGUUGAGGUCGCGGAGAUGGGAUAA